GGCACUCUUCUCUCAAGUCCCUGUGAGAUUGCUUGCUAGAGGUUUAGUCCUAAUCGAUAUUUAGCCCUACCUUAGGUGUCACUUAUUGGUCGCCGACCAUCUUCAUCAGUCAGACUUGGAUCACAGGUGGUGGUUUGCGUGAUCGCCAGUCAUGGCGCGGGUUUACGUUGGUAAUCUGGAUCCGCGUGCCACGGAACGAGAGCUUGAAGACGAGUUUCGAAGCUAUGGCGUAUUAAGGAGUGUCUGGGUCGCUAGAAAGCCACCUGGCUUCGCUUUUAUCGAGUUCGACGACCACAGAGAUGCGCAAGAUGCUAUUCGAGCACUUAACGGUAAGCAAGGCUGGCGUGUGGAGCUUUCCCGGGCUUCUGGCGGAGGGGGAGGUGGUCCGGUCCCCGUGCGACGGGGAGGCGACGACAUGCGAUGCUACGAGUGCGGCGAACCUGGUCAUUUCGCUCGCGAGUGUCGCAUGCGUCUCGGAGGGGGAGGAGGUGGAGCGCGCGGUCGCAGCCCUCCGCGUUAUCGCCGAAGCCCUGAUUACGGUCGCGAGAGGGACGCCUCACCUCGUCGCAGGAGCCCGUCUCCCCGCCGCCGAAGCCCCUCCCCGGGCGGUCGUCGCCGGAGCCCCUCCCCCGCCGCCGGAGCCCUUCCCCGGACAGGCGCCGCGGAAGCCGAUCUCCCCCGCGCGUCCGCAGCCCGCCCGCCGGGUCCCCGCGCCGUGACGAGCGGAGCCCCUCUCCUCGCCGCCGCCGGAGCCGCAGCCGCAGUUAGAGGACCAGAGCACCGGAGAACGUGCUUUUCUGGCGGACUGCUGAGUGCGGGUUGUAGCGGAUGCCUCCUUUGUGGACUGCUGCUUCGGGAUCUACCUUCUAACAUAGCUUCAAGAGUUCUUUUAGGGGAUCAGCUGUUGCAGCCUUCUCUUUACGAGCUGCUUCGUUGUCUCUGCAUCUUCUGUCAGCACCUUCUAUCUGCAUCUUCUAGAAUGUGGACUACACAAUAAGCAAUGGAAUCGGCCUUCUGCCCUUCGGCUGCUCCUGCGGCCUCCAAUCUGCACUCUGCAAUUCUGCUGUGUAGACUGCUCCUCUGCUCGUCUGCUCUCUGCCCGUCCCUGCUUCUCUGCUCGUCACUGCUUUCUGCUCUUCUCUGCACUGCUCUGCACUGCACUGCACUCCCUUCCCUGCCCUCCCACUUCCCAGGUCUGUGCUUUCCUGUCCUUUGCUUUUCUGCACUGCUAUUUGUUUUCCUUAAGGAAAUAACACCAGUAGAGGUCCAGGGUUUGCUAGUGUCAAGUGUAACCCAUCAGCAUGUCAGGCAAGAGUCACAAUUGCUUCUAAAUUACAGCGCACCCACUGAACAAUCCCUUCUCUUGUUGCUAUGACACUGUCUGGCUACAAUAUUGGCUGUUCAAAGCGGCUUGGAGAGGAACCUGGACCUGGUUCCCUCAGUUCCAGCUUGGGCUUGUGGCACACGCUCUCUGUGCUCCCUUGUUCUUGUGAACAAGCCCUGUGUAAUCCAUGCUUGACCUUGGCGUUCUGCAUAACAGGGCCAAACAUUCUUGUCUCUGCAUAAGGUAAGGUGGCAGGAAUAGCUGCCAUUCACGUCCAGGCUGUAUGCCAUGAUCUGGCUAUGAUGCUGCAAUGAUUUGCUGCUUUUCUCCUGUCUAACAUGCAUGCUAUAAUGGCCUUUCUUUCUCAAUGAAGCUUUGUACAAGGU